AUUUGUUCACUUCGUAAGUAAGAUAUCAGUCCACUUCCCAACUUUCUCAUUCAUGCUUGUAGUUCUUCUAGACGAACUGAACAAGGAGCCUUCAUCAAGAUGCAAGACAACCAAAGCAGUGGACAGUACGACGUUAAUGAUUCAACGCUGAAAUUUGUCAGGCGGAAAGACGACAUUACUUUAGAUGAUGACCCCGACGUUCUGAGAGCAGAAAUGUCUUGUGGCCAUGCUGUGUCCCCACAAUCACUAACUGCCUGGUGUCGUAGUUUGCUGGACCAGGGUCAGUAUAAAUUUCAUUGCCCAGCUAUCUUACAUGGCACAGUAAAAUGUGAAAAGGAGUGGUCAUACUUGGAGGUCAGGAAAUUGGCAGUGCUUAGUGAUUCAGAGCAGGCACAUUUUGAAGAAAAUAUGGCUCUUCUGGCAGCAGCUGAGUACUGCGAGUUCAAAUCAUGUCCAAGCUGUGAGUCCUAUGUUGAGCGACAAGACCUGACCAACCUCUGUGUGAAAUGCACCAUCUGCACAGCUGUAAAAAAGAAGACCUACCAGUUCUGCUGGCAGUGUAUGAGGGAAUGGAAAGGGCCAGCUGCUGAUGCUGUCCGCUGUAGUAAUGAAGACUGUAUCAACCCAGAUGUUGACAAGCUAGCAAAGUGUAAUAAUAUGAGGCUGUCUUAUGUGAACAAUGUAGAGUGUCCUGCAAUUCGUGCCUGCCCAACCUGUGGUCUCCUUUUAGAACACAAUGGGUACGCUUGUAAAAAUCUUAUGUGUAAGCGCUGCAAGGUGGAGUUUUGCUUCCUUUGCCUAAAGCUGAAGAGUAUUUGCAAUCCAGUCCGUGGGCCUUAUGAUGUCUGCACAGUUGCACAACGGCAGACUGAAAUUCCAGUUUGGAACAGAUGAUAUGUGUUAGAGAUAUAAUCAAUCGAUGUGGAAGACAUGUGACUCGUCUGGCUCUUUAAAUUACUACAAGACUAUUUUUAAUCAGUUGUUUAUAGUUGUUUUUUGACAGAGGUGUAAACUAUUUGAGUAAAUGUAAUUAGUUACUGUACUUAAGUAUCUUUUUGGCUACUUUGUAGUUUUACUGAGAAUCAUUAGCAACUUUUACUCUCUACUUGACUACAUUUUU